AUGUCUGCUCCAGUACAGCCAUAUCAGAUCUCUAUUCCAGACUCACAAAUCCAUGACCUCAGUGAGAAGCUCGAAAAGGCUAGAUUUCCGGAUGAGCUAGAGUCAGCGGAAUGGGACCUAGGAGCACCUCUCGCUGAUGUCCAGCGUUUGACAAAGUUCUGGCGUGACGACUUCAGCUGGCGCCGGGCCGAAGCCGAACUGAACCGUCUUCCUCAAUUUGUGACAUCGAUCCAAUGUGAAGGAUACGAGAGUCUCAGGAUACAUUUCCUGCACCAGAAGUCAAGCGUCAAAGGGGCAACCCCGCUCCUUUUCGUGCAUGGCUGGCCCGGACACUUCCUCGAGGCCAGCAAGAUCAUCGAGUCGUUAUCAUCGGGAAGCGAUGCCAACCAGGUUUCCUUUGACGUUGUUGCACCGUCCCUGCCGAAUUUCGGCUUCUCCGAGGGCACCAAGAAACGAGGAUUCGCCCUCGAACAGUAUGCCGAGACGCUGCAUAAGCUGAUGUUGCAGCUGGGGUAUGAUCAAUACGUCACUCAGGGCGGCGAUUGGGGAUAUUCCAUUACCCGAGCAAUGUCCCUACUGUACCCUCGACACUGCAAAGCCACUCAUUUCAACAUGGACAUGGGGUCGAAGCCUACAUUCCUCAAGAAUCCUCUCUUGGCCGCCGAAGCAGCCAUCCGGCCACUCUCGACACGGGAGAAAGAAGGUGCUGCACGCACUGAAUGGUUUCUCCAAGAAGGCUAUGGUUACAACCUGCUGCAGUCGACCAAGCCCCAGACCUUGGGCUACGCUCUAGCCGACAGCCCUGUAGCCUUGCUGUCGUGGAUCUAUGAGAAACUGCACGACUGGACGGACGCGUAUCCUUGGACCGACGAGGAGAUCUGUACCUGGGUCAGCAUCUACUGGUUCAGCACCGCCGGCCCCGCGGCGAGUUGCAGGAUCUAUUACGAGAUAGGCCGUCGCGGGCCGUGGGGUGCGCGCAUCACGCACGACAAGAUCCGAGAGUGGCAGUCCGCGGUCAAGAUUGGCAUCAGUCAUUUCCCGCGCGACAUCCACGUGCUUCCCAGCACCUGGACGAGAACCGUGGGGAAUUGUGUGUUUGAGAGGGAGCACGCUACGGGCGGCCAUUUUGCCGCAUGGGAGCGACCCCUAGAUAUUGUAGCCGAUCUGCGAGACAUGUUUGUCAAGGGAGGUGGCGCAUAUGGAGUAGUUGACGGCAGAGACGGUUAUUGA